GGAGGCUGCCAUUUUGCCUCCGUUUGUUUUAUCAGUCUGAGAGUUGUUGCCUCGGGGUGUCUGCUCAAUACCUAACAAGCGCUAGCGGGGUGUGCGGAGCUCAGUUCACUGGCAGACCUGGAGGCUCCGUUUAUUAUUAUUAUAGUCGUCUCAUUCGGAUCAUGGCCUCCCCCAGCGGCGCUACAGCCCUCAGCGAGCAGAGCAACCCCACUGCUCCCCAAACUGUGACCGAGGAGACGGGGGAGAGCUCGGGAGGGAAUGACGAGCUGAUAGAGAUUGGCUGUGUCUAUCCCUGCAAGAAAGGCAGCGGCACCCUGCGUGAUGCCAGGAUAAUGAAUAUCAGAACAAACAAGAAGAAUGACCAUCUAGAAUACUAUGUACAUUAUGUGGGAUUGAACCAACGUCAAGAUGAGUGGGUGGACAGAUCACGCUUGUUGUUGCCUGAACCACUGACCGUAAAGGAAGAGGAGAAUGGUGCAGAAAGUCAAAACAGAAGAAAUCAGGAGAGCAGUAGCAUCACCGAGACACUGGAUUCUGAAACUCCAUUAUCCCCGAAACGGAAACUUGAGGGGCCUGAGCCUGAACCAAAGAAAAUAAAGGUUGAGCGUCAAGAAUCUGUAAAAAAUGAAUUGCCUCUUGCACCGGAUGAGGAUCUUGCUGAAGAACUGACCUGCUCCUUGUGCCAUGAGCUAUUUAAAGAACCCGUUCUGGUGGAGUGUGGCCACAAUUUUUGUAAAAGUUGCAUAGAAAAUGCCUGGGAAGCCCGAGGUUCUGCUUCGUGUCCUGAAUGUGAAGAGCCCUUUGCUGAGCGGAGUUUUAUCAUCAACCGGACGCUCGAGAAACUGGUGAAAAAAUCACUUAGUUGUGGUGGAUUUCAUACAGAGAAGAAGGAACUAGUAGGAAUGUGCUCUGAUCACAAUGAGAAAAUAAAGCUCUAUUGCCAGGAGGAUGGACUGUUAGGCUGUGUCAUCUGUCAUGACUCCUUACAGCAUAAUUAUCAUAGCUUUCUGCCUCUCAUGGAAGCUGUGGAUGUAUACAAGGAAGAGCUUUCUGCCAUGUUCCAGUCACUAAAUUCUUCGCUAAAAGCUUCAGAAGAAAUAACCAGCCAACAGAGAGAAAUAAUUGUGGAACAUAAGGAAAAAAUGGCUGAGUAUAAACAACACAUUACAUCUCAAUUUGAGAAGAUGCACAAAUUCUUGGAAGAACGUGAAACGGUGCUCCUGGAUCAGUUGCAGAAACAAGGGGAUAACCUGUUAAAAGAAAUGGAAAGUAAUGUCAUCAAGUUGGAGAAUGAUUUAAAAGACAUUAAGAAAGCUAUUGAUAGGGCCAAAGAGAGGCUAGAUGAAACAAAUACUCUGUGCUUCCUAAAGGAUAUCAAGACCUUCAUUGAUGAGUGCCAGAAGCAAAAGACUGCGGUUGAAUCCACUGAAAAUACUGUGGUUUCAAAGGAACUUUGUCGGGCAACAUUUAAAGGACCUAUCCAGUAUUUUGUGUGGAGUAGGAUGAAACACUUCCUUGUUCCAAAGCUGGAACAAGUUACCGCAGAUCCCAACACCGCGCAUCCCAAUCUGCUUCUGUCUUACGGGCUGACCACGAUCAAGUAUAAAGAGAAAAGGAGCCAUGUUUUCGAGUCCGUGUCUCGCUUUAACCAGAACACUUUCGUGCUGGGAAAGAAUGCAUUUAAUUCAGGCCAGCACUACUGGCUGGUAAAUGUUAGAAACAAAACCGAUUGGGACGUGGGGAUGACAAGAGACUCGAGCAAUCGCAAGGGCACGCUGAGCCUUAUUCCUGCAAAUGGCUACUGGAUCCUCCAGCUGAGAAAUCGCAAUGAAUACACCGCAAUCGAAUCUCCCGCUGUCAGACUCAAUUUGACCUGCAAGCCUCCGAGAAUAUGUGUGUAUUUGGAUUAUGAAGGAGGGAUGAUCUCAUUCUAUGAUGCUGACGAAAUGACCCACAUUUACACAUUUAGAGAAGUGUUCACAGGUAAACUGCACCCAUGCCUUUCACCUCACGUCACUUUUAACAGCAGGAACAGCGAACCUUUACAGCUUGAACACUAUUAGCCCUUUAACAUGUAUAUAAGAGGAAACAUGGAGAUGGUUCACAUAGGAUAAAGCUCAAACUAUGCUCUUGAGCUAGAUUUUUUAUACAUAGGGAUGCACCGAAUUCACUAUUUUGGAUUCAGCCGAACCACCGAAUCCUUCGCGAAAGAUGCAUCCGAAUAAUGAACCGAAUCCAAAUCCUAAUUUGCAUAUGAAAAUUAGAGGUGGUAAGGGGAAAAACUUUUUUACUUCCUUGUUUUGUAACAAAAAGUCACACGACGUGUGGAUCAAACCGGGAUUCGGUUCAGGAUUCGGCCUUUUUUCAGCAGGAUUAAGCCGAAUCCUGCUGAAAAAGGCCAAAUCCUGGAUUCAGUGCAUCCCUAAUUUUCAAUUAGCUGCCAGAACACUGGUCACUGAUAUAUUUCGUGGGCAGAGGUCACAAGACCACAUAGAGAGAAAUAUGUCUUGGUUAUGGUGCGUUCAUAGAAUUUGCAUUUUGAGGUGGUGAUUGCACAAAUGUGUUCUUGUUAAACAAAUACUUUCAUAUACUAACAGUUUGUAGUGUGGUUGUCAUUCAGUAUACCUGUACUCCCUUCAAAUGUGAAGGCACGUGAAAUCAUUUCUGGUAAGUGUGGUCGAGCUCAGUAAUAAUGUAUGGAGUUUAAAGUAUUAAAGGAAAACAAUACCCCUCAAACAAUGUAGGUCUCUAGAAAAAGAUAUUGCAUAAAACAGUUCAUAUGUAAAACCCUGCUUCAUGUAGGGUUUCUAACAACAAAACAAUGGGAAGCUAACCAGAUAGCAGCUCCCUAACACAAGAUAACAAAUCCAGGUCCCACUGAGACACAUUCAGUUACAUUGAGUAGGAGAAACAACAGCCUGUCAGAAAGCAGUUCCGUCCUAAAGUGGUGGCUUUUUCUGAAAGCACAUGACCAGGCAAAAUGACCGUGAACUGCGGGGGACAGAAUCUGCACCGAGGGGUAAGUUAGGGGAAUUCGCCCCCCCUCCCUUCUCCCCCCCCCCCAGCCUAACUUCUCCCGGGUAAAUGCCCCUAACUUUUUACUUACCCCUCGUUGCAGAUUCAGGGCUUGGAGUUCACGGCAGCCAUCUUCCGCGUCUUCGAUAAUGUCAGACCAGCGAAGCAGAGCAUGUGACAACUGCACAUGCACCGAAAUUGCCGAAGCGCCGGAAGAAGCCAGGAAGACCCGGAAGAUGCCUGUGGUGAACUGCGAUCCCUGACAAAUUAGUAAAGUAAAAAUUUAGGGUAAUUUCCCCCGGGGGCAGCUAGGCCAGGAGGGAGAGGGGUCGUUUUUUUUAGUUAACGGUUGAAUUCUCCUUUAAGGUGCCGAAAAACUGGCAGAUUUUUUACUGAGCCACAACAAAAUGCACUUCCUGAUCAGUAUUUUAUAGGGAUCUUGCCAGAUAUUGAUCAAGCUGUGCAUAAAAAUCUGGUCAUGGUUGUCAUCCACAGCCGUCCCAUUCUGCUUCAGUGUGAGUGGUCUGCUCCUUGGACCCAUUGGGUGGCCGGAUCUGCUAAACCUUAUUUGGCAACUUGACCAAAGAGCAGAUACUGAGAUACAUACCGGCCCUGAGACACCUAUAAACACAAGCAGCCAAACCACUCAAUGUCCAGAUGGCUAUUAAUCAGAAAUAAAUCGUUCAAUGUUUGUUUCAAAACCUUUUUUUUCUAUAUGUUUCUCUGUAUUUACUUGAAAUUUUAUAAAAAUGGUAACUUAAUAAAUUCAGUACACAGGUGAUUUUGUUAAGAGUUAUACGUUUAUUGUUUUGUCAUGUCUUAAUUAAUUGUUCCAGCAAAUAAACCUCUUUCUUCUCACUGGAAA